CUUCCCUCGACACAACAACUGAAACCAACCUUCCUUCCUGGUCUGGUUUUCACCCAAGCUAGGGUUUCAUUCCACCAUCCUGGUCCUAUCCUCCUUGCCAAAUCGCUACUGGUUUCAUCACAGCUGCCAUAGCUCAUUACUCACAUCACUGUACACUCUCGUUACGUGUGCUUUCGCUAGCUUUCUCCGGGAAAAUGGAUGUGAAGAAGUUCGCCAUGGAGCACGCCGCUCAAAUGUGCCCGUUCCUCCGCAACGUGUCCCUCUCCUCGUCCUCCACAGCGCACUCGUCUCCCAUCUCCCACUCGCUCGGGGACCUCUGCCCCGCUUCCGCGCUCUCCCGGGAAAGAAACCCAUCUUCGAGGAAACGUCGUCCUCCUUCGAGGUCGCUUUCAGGCUCUUUCAUGGCGAGGAGGGGGUUGUUCCGCUCGCUAAGCCUGCCGACUUUCUCCCGGCUGUCCCGCCAAGUCAGGCAAAAUUGAAGACGCUGAGACCAGGCUGUCGCUCUCAUCCCGUCCGACGCUCCCCGUUCUUGAAAGCACCGCUGAGAAGCAGACCUCUCACCUGAAGGCUUUAGAGCCAGCAGGAGAGCAGGAUCAGGAGGUCUGUCCGUACGUUGCGGCUUUCGCUGGUGGUAUGGGUGCGUCAGCGGCGACGAUCAGCCUGUCGGUGUUCGGCCCUUCCGGACCGUUCAGCUAUGAUUCGUUCCGAUCGCGCGGGGAGAGCAACAAGGAGCAGCAGAGACGGAAGGAGCAGGAGGAGAAGCGGCGACGCGAAGAGGAAGCUGCCAAGGAGCGAGAGUCUGUUCACGAAGCCGAAGGCGAAGAAUGGCUCGCGAGUGGCAACUGCCCGAUCGCGAAGUCCUACCGAGCGUUUUCGCGAGUGGUGCCUCUGAUCGCAGCGGCGAUCCGUCCCGCGUCCGGCAUCCAGUACCGCUGCCCGGCUCCCAUCAUCGCCUUGCGAGCAGCGGUCGCGAAAACCCCCGCUAUGAAGGCCCUCCGUCCCCAGGCCCUCCCGAUAAGAACGCUCGCUAUAGGCACGCUCGGCAUGAUGCUGAACAUUCCGCUGGGCGUCUGGCGAGAGCAUUGCGAAAAGUUUUCGCCACAGUGGAUUAUCGCCGUGCACGCGUCCGUUCCGCUGGUCGCCGUCCUGAGAAAGGCCGCUCUUAUGCCGAAAUACGCCAUGGCUUUCACUAUAGCCGCAUCCGUUAUAGGCCAGGCGAUUGGGGCGAGGGUGGAACGGACCCGCCUGAGAAAGCUCAAGGAAGCUGUGGAGGGUGCUGAACUGACAGAGAACAUUACUGACGACAGCACUGCACGCACCAGCAGUAGCAGCAGCAGUCUCAAGGCCGUCCCAAUGCUGCCUCAGAGGUCGGUUGCACUGUCUAAGUCCCGCAGCGAGUACCGGGUUGCGAGUAAGGGGCCACCUGCUGCUGCUGCUGGAGGCGCUACUACUGUGCCGUCUGGUUGCAAGGCGGCUGCUGCAGCUGCGAAGGAAGGAGUGGGAGCAUUUGCCAUGUCUGUUGGUGGCGGUGGGGCUAGCGGCGGAAGCCCUUUGAAGGUUGCUGCGGCUGCACACUGAUUAGUGAUGCCGCACAUUCAUUAGUGCUCCUGCAUACUCUGUAGCAGUGCUAUUGACAGUGCUGCUGCGCUCAAGUUAUCCAGAGGGCACCAGGCAACUCUGGUAGUGAGGUGGCUACUGUAGGAACGUUAUUUGUCAUCCAAUGAAUGAUUUCCUGGAGAUGUCAUGUUCAUUUCCUUGAUAUU